UGGCGCGUGCGCAAUACCAAGGCCCGAGUCCCCGAUACAAGAUGGCGGAGAAGGUGGGGAGGGAGAGGCGGAGGCGGGUCCGGACUGAAUAAAGCAAAGGCUAUACAGGGUUUCCAACAAACCUAUUUAAGGUCAGGACAGAUGAGGAGAGAUGACAAGUGAGAACCAUGGAACAUUGAAGGGAGACACCGCUUUGGUGAUGUCUCCCACAGGCUCUGCUACCCAGGGGUCUCCAGUCUCACCUUCGACCAGUAAACCGAUGCCAGAGUUGCCAGAUGAGCUCGUUCAGGCAGGCUGGUCGAAAUGCUGGAGCAAGCGAGAGAAUAGGCCUUACUGGUUCAACCGCUUCACCAAUCAAUCGCUGUGGGAAAUGCCGGUCCUGGGACAGCAUGAUGUCAUAUCCGACCCGUUGGGUUUGAACGCUGCACCGGCUUCAGCAGAGGGGGCAGGAGACGCCGGCUUAGGCAAUGGGCAGCGCAAGAGACGCCUGUCGGACGAGGCUUCUCUGGGUGGUCCCAAUAGCUUCAAAAGGCCCAAGAUUGAGGUUGGCGUACCGGUGACCCCAACGACUCCCACUGUUCCCAUCUCGCCCUUGACCGCCGGUACUAAACCGUGGAACUCUGCCACGGGCACAGAUGAGAAGCCCGGGCAGCCUGCACCGGCGCCGUAUCGCCCGACCAUAAUAUACUGGGACUUGGACAUUCAGACGAAUGCUGUGAUCAAAGAACGAGCUCCUGCCGACCACCUACCCCCUCACCCGGAGAUCGAGCUCCAACGUGCCCAGCUCACUACCAAGCUACGCCAACACUAUCAUGAGCUAUGCUACCAACGAGAAGGUAUCGAGCCGCCGCGGGAGUCCUUCAACCGCUGGCUGCUGGAGCGCAAGGUGCUGGACAAAGGGCCGGACCCCCUGCUGCCCAGCGAAUGUGACCCCAUCAUAUCCCCGUCCAUGUUCAGAGAGGUCAUGAACGACAUCCCCAUCAGAUUGUCCCGCAUCAAGUACAAAGAGGAGGCCCGAAAGCUUUUGUUCAAGUACGCCGAAGCAGCCAAGAAGAUGAUUGACUCCAGAAAUGCUUCACCAGACAGCCGGAAAGUAGUGAAAUGGAAUGCGGAGGACACCAUGAACUGGCUGCGGAGAGACCACUCGGCCAGUAAAGAAGACUACAUGGAUCGUCUGGAGCACUUGCGAAAGCAGUGCGGCCCCCAUGUAGCGGCGGUGGCCAGAGACUCUGUGGAGGGCAUCUGUACGAAGAUCUACCACAUCUCAGCAGAGUACGUGCGCCGCAUUCGCCAGACUCACCUGAACUUGCUGAAGGAUUGCAACAUCACAGACCCGGACCCAGCCGACUUGCAGGAUAGGCUGGUCUACUGCUACCCAGUCCGGCUGGCCCUGCCCUCGCCGCCCCAGCCCCGCGUGGAGCUGCACUUUGAGAACGACAUUGCCUGCCUGCGCUACAAGGGUGAGAUGGUCAAGGUCAACCGCGGAUACUUUGCCAAGCUGGAGCUCUUGUACCGGUACAGCUGCAUCGACGAUCCCAGGUUCGAAAAGUUCCUGUCGCGAGUGUGGUGUCUGAUCAAGAGAUAUCAGGUGAUGUUUGGCGCCGGUGUAAAUGAGGGUACAGGCUUACAGGGGGCUCUCCCUGUGCCUGUCUUCGAAGCCCUCAACAAGCAGUUCGGAGUGACCUUUGAGUGUUUCGCCUCGCCGCUGAACUCCUACUUCAAGCAGUUCUGCUCAGCCUUCCCUGACACAGACGGCUUCUUCGGAUCCCGGGGGCCCUUCCUGAACUUCUCACCGGCUAGUGGUUCCUUUGAGGCCAACCCUCCGUUUUGCGAGGAGUUGAUGGAUGCCAUGGUUACACACUUUGAGGAACUGCUGGAGAAGUCCAGCGAGCCGCUGUCCUUCAUCAUCUUUGUCCCGGAGUGGCGAGACCCACUGACCCCGGCGCUCAAACGCAUGGAGACCAGCAUCUACCGCCGCCACCAGAUGUCCGUCCCCGCCUUCGAGCAUGAGUACCGCAGCGGCUCGCAGCACAUUUGCAAGAAGGAGGAGAUGUACUACAAGGCCGUCCACGGCACGGCUGUCGUCUUCUUGCAGAACGCUGCCGGCUUCGCAAAGUGGGAGCCCACGCUGGAGCGCAUCCAGGAGCUGCUGGCGGCAUACCAGGUCUCCGGGCGAGCUUUGGGCUCCCCAGGUCCCUCCUCCACUCCCACUAUGCCCUCCCCGGCCAGUGUGGGCGGGUUGGGGGACAAAGACUCUACUUCCGCCAGGGCUGCACCUGAGCGAUCAGCCAGUUUGGACACGUUGUCGACCGCUAGCCAGGAUAACAGCAGUAUUAGCAGUCCUGUGGAGAAGAUGCCUCCGGAGGCAGCAAGCGUUUAAAAGCACGAGAGGGAACAUGAUUGAGGGUGGGGAGUGUUUUGGGGGUGGGUGGGGGGCCAGACUACAAAUGGUGCUGAGAGUGUGUGUGUGUGUGUGUGUGUGUGUGUCUUAGGAGGGAGGGUGGGUGGCGGUCUUAAAAUAUGUUUACUUUCUCUGCCUGUACUAUUUAAUAUAAGUUCUACUGGGUUUUUAUUAUUCUGGAUGUUAUUUACUGUUGUAGCUCUUGUUGCUUUUUAACAAUGUAGCUAGUGGUUAAUGUUCACUAGGAUUCCUUUUUCUGUCAUCGUUUGCUGUUGUCGUCAUUAUCAGGUGAUUCUAGUCCUUGUUCGUUGGCCUUUAUUGAGAUGGGGUGCGUUCUAAGCGACCCCCAAGGUGUUCUGCUUCUGAGCAGCGGCGCUUGGCUGUCGGGUUUUGAUUGGUGGAAUGGAACACUGUGUCUUUGGAAAGGCUUGUUUUGUUUGUCCGAAUCUCCUUUGUUGCUUCACAGGUACAGAGGGGAGAUGUGUUGUUGGAAUUAAGGCAGCUACGUUUUUAACCCCACCACCACCAAGCCAACAGUUUAGCGGCCAUCCUUGUACAUACGAAAUCCUAAAGUCAGAGUACUGAAUGAGAGAGUAAGGGCUUUCAUAGACGGUGCUUUGUGGACUUGUUAUGCAGGUCACAUACCAUAGAGAGUUGGUUUCAUACUGGCCAAGUCAAACUACCUUGGUUGUUACAUCAGCCGUUGAAGCCAACUAAUGGAACUGUUAACUGUUAGUUAGAAAUGGUGAACUCUCUGUUCUCUUUAUUGAUUAAUACAGGCCAUCAAUGCAUCUUCCAAUGGUGAUAUGUUUUAGACCACUAGUGAGCGUAGACCCAAACAAUAGAUGUGUUAUUGUAAUGUUCGAUCUACACUGUGUGUAAGUCUCACGCAACAACUAUGAAUUGGGUUGAUCUGGCUUGUUGAGGUAAAUGCGUGCCCCUUGCUAUAAUCCUGUCCCCCAGUUUGAUAAUACCUGAUGUAAAUGAAACCCUCUUGAAACAUAGGAAUGUUUUUCACCCUUUCACAUUGUUUUGACAUUGUAGUAUGUUGUGUUGUAUGGUUUAGGACAGUGGUUCCCAAACCUCUCCUGCCCCCCCCCCUUCCAUCAGUUAGAUGUAUCCCAGAGCUAGCACACCUGAUUCAACAGGUAAGGGUUUGUUAAUUAGUUAAGUUGAUUCAGGUGUGCUAGCUCUGGGAUAUAUCUAAUAUAUGGAAUGGGGGGGUGGGGCAGGAAGGGUUUGGGAACCAUUGGCUUAGGAGACAGAAAGGUUACGUCGCAUUUUAAUCCCUCCAAUCUCAAAUGUGUUUUUCUUUUUAUAUGUUUACACCAGUAUGAGAUUAGAAAGCAUCACUGGGCAGCACAAUGAAUGUACAUUCUGAAAGGCAAAAUAGACGGUCCCCACUGCGCCCCCGGACGUGGCUCUGUACAGUACCCCACCAUAUGUAGUGCGCUUGUUUUGACCAGGGCCGGUACAGCUCAGGUCCAAAGGAGUUCACUAGGAAGGGAUUAGGGUGUCAUUUUGGGAUACAUUCUCCGAGAGACUCUACUCACUCAUCAAGCGGAGAGAAAUUGUGUAUUUUAAAUAAAAAAAUAAACUACUAGAAGACAAUACGCUUGUACAGUGAGCUUCGACAGUUCCUUACUAGAUGUCAUCACUUGCCUUGGCCCCAUUUGUACAUACUUAGUUGUGAGGUUUUUAUAGAGAACUAUUACCGCAGGCGCAGGCCUGGAGGACAAGGCAAAGCUCUGUUUAUGCUCUUGCAAACAAAUUACAGUAAUCUUUGGUCUUUGAACAUAAGUACUACAGUAAACCUAGCGUUGCGCCCAAGAACCUGCAUACAAAGUUUAGCCAGUUUUGUUCUUUGUCACCUGAGCAUCAAACAUCAGUCGCAUAACCUGAACCCUAGUAUGUUUCUGUCACCAGCAAAACAAGUUGUAGAUAUUGUACAGAAAAUUGGUAUGAAGUAUGUAUUAUUUUUCUCUAUGCUACACAAUUGUAUUGAGCGCUGAUGGAAAAUAAUUAUAAUUGUAUGUUGUCUGUUCUGUGCUAUUUUUUUGAGUUAAUUUAACAUUUUUUUUUUUAUUGAUUUGUUCAUGUAUUAUACAGUUUAUUACAUAGAAAUUGUUUUAAUCUAAACCAAAGUGUUAUUAAAAGAAAAAAAUCUAUCUUGUAUGUAAAAGUAGGCUUGUGUAUGAUUGCAUCAGUUAAUGCAUAAGCUGUAACCAGCAAAAUUACUCCUUGAGUUUAUUUUUAUAAAUAUUUUUGUUGUUCUGGUAAGAGCGAAUUUUAUGUUUGGAAUUUAUUUUGCAUGACACUUUUGACACUUAAAUCAUAAAAUCUUUGUAUUCUUAAAUCAGUUCAUAGACUUUUUACAUUAAGUGUGAAUACGUAUCUUAUAUUUAUCCCUAUCUGUUAACCUUUAAGGUUCUUUAUUGUCUGUAGAUCAUUUGUAAUACCAUUACUGUUUUUUCUCAAUAUGAUUCUUAUGGGCAAGAAUAAGGAGACUGUAAAUACUGUCUGUACUGAACUCAUUUUCCACGUAUCCUCUGAGUAUAUUAUCAAUGUUGUGGCAUUCUCUCCAGUGGAACUAGCAUACAGAUGCGCUGAAUCACAUUUGCUCCCAGUAAAAUGUGUCAAACCAUGUAUGUAAUUUGAAUUUCUAAUAAACUGACGUACCAUA